CCACUGUCAGCUGAUAUGAAUCGUUUAGUUCUAAAUUAAAUUAAUUUACUUAUGUUUUAAAAUAGACUAAUAUUGUAUGAAACUUACUGUACUAUUUAGUUAAAUUGUGACAAUUUUCGUUUUUAGUAAGACUGAAUAUGAAUUUUUCGGAUAAUGAAGCUGACGACACGUCGAGCGUUGAAAGCACCUCAAAUACAGACAAUACAUCGCGUAGUGAAACUCCAACCAAUUCCCGCGUGAAGAAGCGAAGACGAGGCAAGAAGAAAAGCACAAAACAAGUCAAACCUCCUUAUAAAUUUAAUUGUAGUGCCAAAGAAGAUCAUGGACAACCAUUAUUUGGUUGCCAGUUCAACCACCACUUGGGUGAGGCUGAGCCAUUAAUAUUUGCCGUUGUUGGCAGCAACAGGGUCUCUAUAUAUGAGUGUCCAGAAUCUGGAGGCUUCAAAUUCUUGCAGUGCUAUGCGGAUCCUGAUGUUGACGAAAUAUUUUACACUUGCGCCUGGUCUUAUGAAGAGGAAUCGAAUUUGCCACUAUUAGCUGUUGCUGGAUCUCGAGGAAUUGUUCGGAUAUUCCAACCCGCCACACAGACCUGCAUAAAACAUUACAUAGGUCAUGGUCACGCCAUCAAUGAGGUCAAAUUUCAUCCCCGAGACCCAAACCUACUACUCUCGGCUAGCAAGGACCACGCACUGCGUUUAUGGAACAUCAUGACUGAUGUAUGUAUAGCAAUCUUUGGAGGUGUCGAAGGACACAGAGAUGAGGUGUUGAGCGCUGACUUCGAUCUCAAAGGAGAGAGGAUCAUGUCGUGCGGCAUGGACCAUUCUCUCAAGUUAUGGAGACUGGAUAAACCAUCUAUGAAUGAAGCCAUCAAACAGAGUUAUAAUUACAAUCCACAUAGAGCGCUGAGGCCGUUUAACUCAUUAAAAGAACAUUUCCCGGAUUUUUCGACGAGAGAUAUUCACAGAAACUACGUAGAUUGUGUCAGAUGGAUGGGUGAUCUUAUUUUGUCAAAGUCUUGUGAAAACGCCAUCAUCUGCUGGAAGCCCGGCCGCCUGGAGGACACGGAGCUGCGGCCCGGUGACAACACCGUCACCAUCGUACACAGAUUCGAUUACAAAGAGUGCGAAAUUUGGUUCAUUCGAUUCGCAGUUGAUUACAGCCAGAGAGUGAUCGCGUUGGGCAACCAGUGCGGUAAAACGAUGGUGUGGGAGCUGGGCAGCGUGGCGGGAGGCUCGCGCGUCUCACAACUCGUGCACCCUCGCUGCGUGGCGGCCGUCAGACAGGUGACGCUUUCACGGAACGGCAAAGUUUUGCUCGCUUGCUGCGAUGAUGGCACAAUCUGGCGGUGGGACAGGGUCAACAAUGUAAACAUUUAGACGACUAGCAUUCCUCGAACUGACUCUUAUUAACCUUUAGUUAUUUUUAUGUAAGCCUUGCCAUAUUAUACACAAAUCCACUAGCUACCAUUACACGAUACGUUCUUUCGCGCGUGAUCUAGAUGCGCCAUUGAACGGAUGACAGUGCUCGUAUAAAGGAAGUAAAGAAAAAUAUUAAUACAUAAAAUUUGACGUUCAUAAGCGACUAAAAUGUUCUAGAUAAAUAAAUUAUUUUAGAUCUGAUUUUACUUUUUGUGUACUCAUUUUCGAGCGCGAUUAUACGUGUCUUUCUCAUUCAGAGAGGAAAGCGUGUAGUAUGAAGGCCAACCGCGCGCGAUAUAGUACGGGAAACAUCUUUAAUGCACGAUGGUCUUUAUCUAACAUUAUAUACACAUUUUCUACAUGUGCAAUCGUAAGUGACUAUUAUAUACUUUUUAUGUGCUCAGUUUCACGCGCGAUUGAUUAUAUGUUUUCAUUCAGAGAUAAAAGCGUGUCAUAUAAAGGCUAACUGCGCGCGAUACAGCACGCGAAAUGUAUUUAACGCACGAUUGUCUUUUUCUAACUUUAUAUAUACACAUUUUUACAAAACAAAAAAUUUACGUGAAAGAGUGUACGUGUAAAGGCAGCUUUUGAGAA